UUUAGCAGCGCUAAAUUGAAUUAACUCUGCACCCGUCCACACAACAAAGCUAUUUAGUUCGACAUAGAGGUCUCCUAAAUUCGACUUCUGUACUCCUCCCCAACGAGGGGAGUAGCGCUAAAUUCGACAUGGCCAUGUCGAAUUAGGGUAGGUGUGGAUGAAAAUCGAUGCUUAUAGCUCCUGGAGCUAUCCCACAGUGCACCACUCUGUUGACGCUCUGGACAGCAGUUCGAGCUCGGAUGCUCUGACCAGACUCACAGGAAAAGCCCCGGGAAAAUUUGAAAAUUUGAAUUCCUUUUCCUGUCUGGACAGUUUGAAUCUCAUUUCCUGUUUGGACAUCGUGGCGAGCUCCGCAGCACUGGCAACGAUGCAGAGCUCUCCAGCAGAGAUGGCCAUGCAAUCUCAGAAUAGAAAGAGGGCCCCGGCAUGGACUGAUCGGGAAGUCUUGGAUCUGAUCGCUGUGUGGGGCGAUGAGUCCGUGCUUUCGGAGCUGCGAUCGAAAAGACGGAAUGCAAAGAUCUACGAGAAGAUCUCCAAAGCCAUGACAGAGAGAGGAUACAGCCAGGAUGCAACGCAGUGCCGCGUGAAAAUCAAGGAGCUGAGACAAGGCUACCAGAAGACCAAAGAGGCAAACGGGCGCUCCGGAUCCCAGCCGCAGACAUGCCGUUUCUACGAGGCACUGCAUUCCAUCCUAGGUGCGGCCGCCACCACUACCCCACCACUGACCGUGGACUCUGAGGAUGGGAUAUUGUCCACGCCCGCUUCCUCUGAGAUGGUAGUGGACGGGGAAGAAGAGGAAGGAGAUGAGGAGGACGAGGCAGUCGACAGCGCUUACAACGCUGAUUUCCCAGACAGCCAGGAUCUCUUCAUCACCCUCACAGGGAUCCCGUACCAACCAUCCCCAGGCGUUAACCCGGACCCAGAAUCAGGGGAAGGAUCAGCCGCUGUGGCUGUCUCCCGACCUACCCUGUCAUCCCCCUCCCAGAGGCUGUCGCAGAUUAGGCGUAGAAAGAAAAGGACACGGGAUGACAUGUUCUCAGAACUUAUGGGCUGCUCCCGAGCCGAGGCAACCCUGCAGAGUCAGUGGAGGGAGAACAUGUCCCAAUACCAGAGAGCACACAGUGAACGGGAGGAGAGGUGGCGGCAGGAAGACCAGCAGGCGACUCAAACACUGCUUGGACUAAUGAGGGAGCAAACGGACACGCUCCGGCGCCUUGUGGAUGUUCUGCAGGACCGGAGGCAGGAGGACAGAGCCCCGCUGCAGUCUAUCUGUAACCACCGUCCCCCGCCACAAAGUCCCAUACCCCCCUCACCGAAAGUACCAAGAAGGAGGGGCUGCAGAGCCCGUGAAAACUGUCAUUCAACCCCUGCAGACUGCUCAAGUGGCAGAAGGCUGUCAUUCCCCAAAAUUUGAUAAGUCCUUUCCUUCCCGCCUCACCCAAGCCCCCAUCCCAGUUUCAUCCCCUAACUGUCCAUU